CAACAAAUUUAACGAAUGGAAAUGUCCGACACUAUUUAGAUCAAUUUCAGCCGCAAGUGAAGUUCUUGCUUAAAAAAAAGUUGAAAAUACGUGCAAAUAAACAAUAAAACUGUUUAACAAACUCUACAAACUUUGAACUAUACAACUAUUAAGACAAUUAAGUGAAAUCUACUUGUGCAAGUGAUCAAUAAAACUGAUUUUUUGUGGUUAAUUCGUGGAAAAUAUCAACAGCAGAAAACUUAAACUCUAAACGAAUGUCAGCAGGCGUGUCAGAUCAGCGAAUGAAAGGACAAGGAAAUCAAGAUUCCAAUGUCCCAAAAGGACCGGUCCAAACCGUCGAAAGUGAAUCGUGGAAUGAUCAAAUCGCUAGUCACGCUGCGCAGGUAUCGGCGGAACAAUAUAAUUCAGGUAACCACAGCUCAAAUAACGGUGCUCAAUUUCAAUAUCCGCCAUUCAGUACGGACAAUGGGGCAUGGUCUAGUGGCAACGAAAACGUACCCAUUCUGAGUGGGUAUUCUAUCUAUGACAACUAUGCCGGAGAGGGAAUGUUUGGUCCAUCGUUCGGACAACAGUCGUCGUACAAUUACUUUCCUAACAAUGGGGAUUACAACACAUGGGGUUCACAGCAAAUAAAUUCGGCAUCUAGUGGCGGUCAAUCUCGUAAAGGUCAAUAUGAUGAAUACUAUCGCGGACAUGGAUCUUACCAGCAGGGUGGACAGGAUGGAAUCAAGAGUGUGGAACAGGGUAUGCAAGGGCUCAAUAUUGAUAUGGGCCAGUCACAGGAAAGGGAUCGUGCAAAUACUGAACAACCAAAAGAAACUGCUCCCAAACAGAUGACAUGGGCUUCAAUUGCUUCACAACCUGCGAAACCACAGAUUAGGACGAGUUCCAGUUCAUCGAUUCUAAAGAAAAAAGGUCCUGGCAUGCCCCCGCCACCAAUGGUCCCUGGCAAACACAACAUGGACAUCGGUACGUGGGAUUCACCAAAAAAUGGUCCACCAUUAGUUCCGCCUCCAGUUCCAGUCAUAACAGCACCACCACCCAUCGAACCAUCGCCACUUAGCCAACAAAAGUCGAAUAUAGGCGCAUCAGCUGGACCGCUACCCGGACAAUCGCAAUCGAUGCCGAUGUCUGCCAAUGGUCCUCAGCAACAUAAUCAACAUAAUGCGCAGCAGCAACAGCAACAUCAUCAGCAACAAAUGAGUGGUCCACAACGUCCAGCUUGGUCUGGUGGAAAUCGUGCACCGCAUCCUGGAAUGAUGGCACCAGCUCAGCCACAGAGGCAAAAUAUGAGUCAAACCCAUGGUCCACCUUCGAUGAUGGGUUUCCAAGGACAAUCGCAUCAUCCACCGCAGCACCAUCAACAACCGCACCAACCAAUGAUGAAUCAUCCGCCACAACAACAUUCACAAAUGGCACCACCGAUGCCAUUGAAUAAUAAUAGUAACAUGUUUACACCGUCCGAUGUCGGUGGAUCAAGCGGAAGCCUAGAUGAUCCUGUGCUGGAAGAACUGCGUGACAAGAAUGAGUACAAUCCACAAGACUUUGACUACGAUUCAUGCGCAUUAGCAAGAUUCUUUGUCAUUAAAUCCUAUUCCGAAGAUGAUAUUCAUCGUAGCAUUAAAUAUGAAAUUUGGUGUUCCACGGAGCACGGUAACAAAAGACUCGAUCAGGCGUAUCGUGAGCGGGAAAAAGCUGGCGGCAUUAUUUACCUUUUAUUUUCUGUCAAUUCGUCGGCCCACUUCUGUGGCAUGGCCCAAAUGAUGACAGCUGUCGAUUACAAUACGGUAUCGAAUGUGUGGUCGCAGGACAAGUGGAAGGGCACAUUCAAAGUUAAGUGGAUUUUCGUCAAGGACGUGCCGAUGCGUGAAUUCAAAAGCAUUCGGCUGGAGAACAAUGAAGAUAAACCGGUUACGAAUUCGCGUGAUACGCAAGAGGUGCCGAACGCAAAGGGCAUCCAAUUUCUGCACAUAUUGAGUGCGUACAAGCAUUCGACGUCAAUUUUUGACGAUUUUAUUCAUUACGAGCAGCGACAAAAGGCUGAAGAUACGAAGAAGGUAGAACCGCCGCCGAUGCCACAUUAUGAUAGAGGACCGAAUAAACCGUAUCAUGAUAAUGGUGGUGGACGUGGAUAUGAUCGUGGCGGAUAUGAUCGGGGAGGAAAGAGUUACGGAGGUCAAUACAAUAAUCACGGCAAUCGUUCGGGCGGCUAUCACGAUUAUAACCGUGGAUUUGAUCGAAAUCGUGAUCAUAACGACGGUGGCUACAAUCGGGAUGGUCGCGAUAACCGUGACAAUCGUGACAAUGACGGAUAUCAACGCCGAAACGAUUAUGUGCGUCGUAGUGACGAUCGUGGUGGUUUUAUGCAUCGUGACCGGGACAAUAACGAUGGUGUUGGUUAUGUCAGUCGUGACAGUCGUGGAGGCGGUCAUCGCGGUGAUUAUAAUCGGGACCGUGGUGAUUAUCAAGGCGGCCGUGGACGAGGAAGAGGAUCGUACCGAAACUGAAAAUCGAAAAAAUAAUAGUUCGAUUUUUCAUUAUCGGAAGUCUUGACAUCUCUUCGACUGUUGUUUUUAUGUUUUUAAUGUGAAAACUGAAUAACCUACCGGUCAAGUGAGAAAUGUGUUAAAAAGUAAUAAAAUUAAAAAAAAUGAAAACAAAAAUUUAAAGAGAAAAAAAAAACAUUUUUAGUGUUCCAAUUAAUAAACAGUUUUAUCGUAAACAUUGAAUCGUGAAUAUUCUAUUUAAUAACAAAACAUUUAUACAAAAUAAAAAGGAAAUCAACAAAUAAAAAUUAUUCUUUGAACAAUUCAGAAAUUACAUUGAUGAACAUGAACAAGAAUUAAAAUACGAAAAAAAAAACACACAAAAAAAAACAUUGACUUCGCGAAUGGUUUAUGAACCGAUGCAACCGAUCUAAACAAAAACAAACAAAUUUAUGCACACAACAAUUCUAACGUACAAUAUAAUUAAUCCAUGUGGUGCGUGGUGAAAAGAACUGUUUUUUUCUCGAUUCUAAUUUAAAAAAUGAAACAAACAAAAAAAAAAAUUAAAAAGCAAAAAAACAUAAAAAUAUUACACAACAAUUUUUACAAUAAAAUUAAAAUUUAUCAAAGACAAUUUUGUAUGAUGCGCAAACACAUCUACACUAAUAAUCGCCUUAAUGUUAAAACAAAAAUUAAUUACGAACAUUUAAAAAUUCAAAUAAAUUUAAACAAAAAAAAAAACUUUAAAAAUAAAUAAAUUCAAAAUAAACAACAACAAAAAAAAACAUUUUCGACGUAAAAACAUAAUUCAAAAUGAACUUGCUAUGCAUAUAAAACCUAUAUUACAGAAAAGAAAAACAUUAAAUAACGUAUAACAGUGUUCUUUCCAACCGUUUUUGUUCCACUUUUUUUUCAUAUUUUUUUCUUUGUUAUUUCCUUAGUCCAUCAACAUUAAUUUAAAAACAAAGUGUGUGAUUGAUCAUUGUUCAAAGACAACCAAAUCGGAACGGUAAAAAUGUGUUAACGAUAAAAACAAUCAGGGGAAAACAUAUCUCCAGGACUUUUUACACAUUAAAUCUACAAUCUGUGUCAAUCAACCAAAUAUAAUAAAACUACGGACCGCGCGCAGCUGCUUUCUCCACCAUCUCAUCGCCAAACAAAAAAUUGUCAGCGGAGCGGUGUUAAACUACACACUCUCUCUCAACACACCAAUAUAAUAGGACUUCAUUCAGUCAACAAUAUUUUAUACGCAUCGACUUAUUGUCAUGUCAAACUUCUUUUUUUAACUUCGAUUUUACUUUAAUAAAAUUUUUACACAAAACAAACAAAGAAAACACAACAAGCAAACAAACGAAAAGGUAAAAAAAAAACAGAAAAUAUUAAAAUGAACAAUCUUCUGCCGAUUAGUUGAAAAUGAUGGGUAUAACAUCAUAGAAGCAAAAACUCAACCCCUUUAUAUUAUAGUAUAAAUUUGGGCGGUGUUAAUUAAUUAUUAGAAAUUUAAACAAUGGACUAAACAAAAAGAAAAAAUUAUUGAAAUGAAAAAGGAAAAUUUACAAACAAAAAUGAUGAACGAAAACCAAAAUGAACCCAAUAUUUAAUAAUGAAUUUUUGUAGAGGAGCCGAGUGUUUCACGAACGUUUGAUAAAAACUUCAUGAAUGACAAAUAGCUUGGUGUGCAAAUGUAAUCAAUCGAUUCGUUAAGGCAUAAGGGAAUUAUUUUUUUUCUCUUUGGCUGUAAAAUCGAUUGAAUAUGUUAACCGACAUUAUCGGUAAUUGAUGGUAUUGGUAAUUGAAAUUCAAUCGAUUUAGUUGUUAAUUAUGGAUCAAGGGACUUGACACAUUUUCAUUCACAAUUUAUGGUCAUGAAAAAUUCAAUUUGUGACCUAAACAGCUGGCAAAGAAGAUUAUUAUUUCAAUCUGUUUGUCGGUCAUAUUGGAAGAACUUUAUUGACUUCGGCGUUCGGUUCAUUCAACGACUGAUUCAUUUUCUGUCCAAUAAAUGAAUGAUUCAUUUUCAGUCGAUUGUACUCACAUAUUUCCCCACUCUUGUAGACACUAUCUCCCAGUCACUUACAGAAUUUAUAUCGAUGCAUUUACAUCCGAAAUUAUCGCUACACUUGAUGAGCGGUCACUAAUACCAAUAAAUUUCUUUAAAAUAUCUCGAAUGAAUGAAGAACAACAGUGAAAACAACCACAGCGGAUUGUCGAUUGACCUAUAGUACCUGGAUUGACCGGGCAUACUUCCAAAUUAUUUUUCUACAAAUUAUCAUUAUUGCGCGGUAGCGAUAUUUGAUUCAUUCAGAAGACAGUCAGUAUGUCAGCUACCGCUCACAAUAUUAGCUUCUUCGAGAUACCCAAACCGUCGAGAUUUAUCAAAACAGUGUGUAAUUCAAGACUUCACAUUGAAUUAUUGAGUUGCCAGUUGUGGGUUCGCAACACAUGUGACUCUAUUCAUCAGGUGUUGUCCACAAACGUUUGAUUGAUACUGUUAUUUGGUUUGCGUCUCGUAUUUAGUACAGAUAACGACUCUCUGUUUAGUGUUUACAUGAUUGAAAAUGUCAUUCAGUCAAUUGGGCAAAAGUCUGUGACAGUGAGGUGGUGUCUUUUAUCAUGACUCAUUCAGGGUAACUUCUCGAAAGUGAUGGAAGUAACAUAUUCUUUGCACAUUUAUGCCAACGCCACUUUCUUAUUCCAUUCUCAUUGUAAUUAAGAAGUGAGUGAAAUUUUAAAAUUCCGUGGCAAUUGUAAUGGAAUCGCUACGAAUCGUGUUUGAGUAAAUGAAUAGACUGAAUCGAAAUUUUCAGCAUUAUUUCAGCCCGUAGGCAAUAACCUAUAAUGACCUGUAAGCCCCAUACCCAAACGGUCACAGUUUCCAUCAAGAUAUUGUUUUUAUGUUGUUCAUGGACAAUCGUUUACCACUCGGAACACCAACGGCGACUAAGUUAAAGGAAUUAAUUUAA